GUCCUUGGAUAUUUUACUGUGUAUGACAUAUUCUUUUUCAGAUGAUAGGGUGUAGGUCAAGGGGCUUUUCAUUUACACGUGCAUUAUUGGGACUAGCUGCUAAUGAGUUGCAUCUGUGUGGAGAUGCAGCAGCUGUUCCUCUUGUUCAGGAAAUCCUCAAAGUGACUGGAGACACCAUCAAGGUUCAAUACUAUGAGAGGCUCUCACCUCUUGUCCCAUUAAAGGUUCCUUUAGGAUCUUUCUCCAAUAUAAGGACUGGUGACUGCGUAGUCACCUUCUCGCGUACGGAGAUAUACAGGAUGAAGAAGCUAAUUGAAACGGGGGGAAAGCAUCUUUGCUCUGUUGUUUAUGGUUCAUUGCCACCAGAGACUCGAACUAGACAGGCAACAUUGUUCAAUGAUGCAAGCAGCGACUCUGAUGUUCUUGUAGCGAGUGACGCUAUUGGGAUGGGUCUCAACCUUAACAUUUCUAGAAUUAUAUUUUCAACAUUAAAGAAAUUUGAUGGUGUUGAAAUGCGGGACCUAACUGUGCCAGAGAUAAAGCAGAUAGCAGGGAGAGCAGGCAGGUACAAAUCCAAGUUUUCUGUUGGUGAAGUAACUUGCUUGGACGCAGAUGAUCUGCCACUACUUCAUUCUUCGCUGGAUUCUCCAUCUCCUGUACUUAAGCGAGCUGGCCUCUUUCCAAACUUCGACCUUUUAUACAUGUAUUCUCGUCUACAUCCAAAGCAUGGCCUACAUGAGAUACUGGAGCAUUUUCUGGACAAUGCCAAGUUAUCGGAGCACUAUUUCAUUGCUAAUUGUGAAGAAAUGUUGAAUGUUGCUGCUCUUAUUGAUACACUACCCCUCAGUUUGCACGAUAAAUAUCUCUUCUGUAUAAGUCCAGUUGACAUGGAUGAUGAAAUUUCAUCUCAAGGCCUCACUCAAUUUGCAACAAAUUAUUCUAAAAAUGGCCUGGUACGGCUGCGCGAAAUAUUUACUCCUGGGACGCUUAAGGUGCCAAAAUCUCAUACUGCACUUAAGGAGCUUGAAUCAAUUCACAAGGUUUUGGAUCUGUAUGUUUGGUUGAGUUAUCGCUUGGAGGAGAGCUUUCCAGAUCGAGAGCUGGCUUCCUCGCAGAAGGCUAUUUGCAGCAUGUUGAUAGAGGAGUUUUUGGAAAGACUAGGAUGGCAAAGGCCAAGGACAAAGAGAUUAACUCAACAUAGUAGAUUGAAUUCACUGUUCUCCCAGGAAGCGAGACAGCAUAUUAACUCUUAGUGUUACUUUCCAAGUAUGGAAGCGUCUGAAUCAAAAACACUUAUCCCAUGUUUAACAAUGGUUCUGGUCAAGAAGUUUGGCUGGUUUCCCGUGCAUUGGUAGUAAUUGUUGUACUUCUCCUUUUUAGGUCCAGCAAAUUGGAUGUGUUAACUGUACAUUAUGCUCAAACAUAUGUUCCAACACACUCUACAGUACUCUGUAUUUCUUUUCAUUUGAAUACAAUAAAAUACGUCUUUCCAUUUUGUC